UUACCAAUCAGCGGCAUGUGCGGUUGGACCAGUUGUGAUGCUCUAUGCGAGGAAUAUGGCUACGUUUUCUAGGAUAAUUUUGAGAUCUAGACUCUUGCGCACGAGGGUACUUUCUCCAGGAUUAACGGUUUCUUACGCUGGCUAUCAUAAAAAGGUGGUUGAUCACUAUGAAAAUCCUAGGAAUGUAGGCUCCUUGGACAAAAAUGCAAAGAAUGUUGGGACAGGAUUGGUGGGUGCUCCAGCUUGUGGAGAUGUCAUGAAACUGCAGAUUCAAGUAGAUGAAAGUGGGAAAAUCAUUGAUGCUAGAUUUAAAACAUUUGGCUGUGGUUCAGCAAUAGCAUCAAGCUCUCUAGCUACUGAGUGGAUCAAAGGAAAAACGGUCGAGGAAGCAAUGUCGAUUAAGAACACGGAUAUUGCUAAAGAACUUUGCCUUCCUCCAGUGAAGUUGCAUUGCUCCAUGCUUGCUGAAGAUGCAAUUAAGGCUGCCCUGGCUGACUAUAAACUGAAACGAGAUCCUAAACAUGAAGACCACGAAAAAGCAGCAGUUAGUGGAUAGAACUUCCAAAGGACAGUGUGAAGCCAGUCUCAUUCCAUUAAAGUAUGGUGCAAUUGUUCAGGUUGUUCAGUGGAGCCAUGUGCUUCAGAUUACUUUAGAAAGCAAAUGUAUAAGGCUGUAUAUGCGCACAAUAACAGCUUUACUGCUGUAUGAUAACAUUGCAAUAUUAUAUUAUUGCAGCUUUGUCCUUCUCUAGUCACUUUCUGUAGAUUGUGAAUAAAGAAGUUGUGAAUGUUUGCUGUGUUGAACAUGUUUCUGUACAGAGAGAUAGUGCCCCCUUCAUCUUUUUGAUGCUUGAAAUAAAGUAAAGCGCAAGCAAUCCCACCCUCAAAGCAAAAAAAAGCCUUCUAAUGUUAUUAGAGGACUUCAGAAGUUGAGUAAUUGAAGUGGGUUUCUAAUGUUUUGAACAAUGUUCCUUUGUUAAAGGGGUACGGAAUAGCUUAAAUAAUUCAUAGUAAUUCUUGAAAGCUAAUGUGUUACAUCAGUAUUGCAAAUAAAGUGAUAAAAAAGUUG